AUGCAUGAUACACGCUUAGACGAGGAAUUCCCGGUAGGCGCGGGUCAACAGCCCGCGUCGAUCACGUCCCUGCCCUUUGUACACACCGCCCGUCGCUACUACCGAUCGAACGGUCCGGUGAGGUCCUCGGAUCUGGCCGACGACGCCGCCGGGCAGCGUGCACGUGGCGCAGCGGCUGCGGUCUCCGCCGCCGUUUCACGCGCGUGUCGUGUUUGCCUCGGCGUUCGAUGCCUGGAGAAGACGACCGAACCCGAUCGUUUAGAGGAAGUAAAAAGUCGUAACAAGGUUUCCGUAGGUGAACCUGCGGAAGGAUCAUUAUCGAUGACUCCGCGCAUGUCGUCGUGUCCGUUCGUUUUCGAAACGCCGUCGAGUUCGCUAUCUCCCCGCCGUAUAUUUGGGAGACGACUCGUCGAGACCGCCGCCGUCACGACUGGUCGGUCGCGGGUAGCACGUUAUUCGUCGGCGAAACAGGGUUGGGGGGAAAGCUUGCGCUCGUUUCGCGGCAGCAGUCAAAAAGAAAUGGCCGCGCCACCGUCGCAUGGACGGCCUCGCCUCCUUGCGUCUGCUGCUGCUGAUGCUGCUCCUCCUCCCUACUCGUCCGACAAAAAAUAUCCUCUGCUCUCUGCGCGAGACGGGCGCCCGUCUCCAGCCGUAUUACGUCCAGCCGUCCCGUUUCACGUACCGCCGCCGCCGCCGCCGCCGCCGCCGCCGUUGCUGCCGCCUCUACGUCCCUGUGCGGGGAGGUCGAGUUCGGAUAGAUGCGCACGCGAUUCGAGGAGCGCUGCCGCUACCGCCGGCCACGAUCGCGAGACGGAUGCCGCCGACCAGCCUCCGUCUCCCGCCGACGUCGACGUGGUCACUCUGCUGUGGACUGCUACCGUCUCGGUCGCGCGCGUAUCAACUCGGCCUCCUUGCUUCUCCCGCACACAUUUUUUUUUAAACCUGUCACGAAAAAAACUUAACCAAAACAAAACCCUGGACGGGGGAUCACUCGGCUCGUCCGUCGAUGAAGAGCGCGGCCAGCCGCGAGAACUGAUGCGAAUUGCAGGACUCAGUGAACAUCGACACCUCGAACGCACAUUGCGGCCUCGAGAUCCCUUGUCUCGGGGCCCCGUCCGGUCGAGAGGCGGAAAAUGGCAUGUCUUCUCACUUGAUAGUCGAGAGGCAUCUCACCGUCCACCGCGUCGUUCUUUCUUCAUGAAAGAAUUGCCCGUUUCUUACGCGGAGGAAACCGGGACGUCGCAGGAGGAGCCUGCUGCUUCAAUUUUCUCCUCCUUCGUCUCCCGCUUGAAGACCGCGGGUCGCUUCCUUACGACCGCGAGCAGUCCUAGAUUGCAAAACGUUGACUACGGCCACGCGCAAACAGCAACAGUGGUAGCACCAUCGUUUCGCUCUCGGAGGUCGAAAUACAAACCUUGGGCGUCUCGAAGCCAGUCUGUGCCGCCGCCGCCGCCGUAUUCUGCCGUCACUGUGCGUGGUCGCGUUUUGCUGUCUUACCUCAAACACCGCCGCCCUCGGCUCGGACGAGACGACCCGCUGAACUUAAGCAUAUCGCUAAGCGGAGGAAAAGAAACCAACCGGGAUUCCCUUAGUAACGGCGAUAAAAGGCUUCGGGACGUGUGGCGCAUGGGUCGAAGGCAGCCGCUCGUUUUCGUCUCGCGUAGUUCGGAGUUCCCUCGAUCGGGGCCGCCCGCGGCGGGUGCCAGGCCCAUUCGGUGCGGACGGCGAGCGACGGCCUUCGAUCCGAGAGUCGGGUUGCUUGGGAAUGCAGCCCAAAGUGGGUGGUAA